AUGGACUCGUCCCCAGGAAAGCAGCCAUCGAGAUGGGAUGAUUACGAGGCUGGCCAGAGUGACGCAGUCGAGUCUGAUGCAGGAAGCCAUGUUCAGUGGGACCAGCUCGAGAGACGCCCCAGCGAAGAGAGUGUGGCUGGCACAGGCAGAUGGACGGGCACAGUUGGCGAGCUUCGACGACGCAGAUCCUCCCUAUCGCAGCAAAUCGGCGCCCUGGGUGAAGUCGGUGGUGUCAACAGCAUCAACAAUUUCGCCCGCUCCUGGCAGCGUGCAGCCGGCUUCUUCGAAAUCACCCCCGUGCGCCCCUCCUUCCGUGUCGAAAGCGAAGGCGAUGACAACGACGUAGAAGAAUCGGACUUUUCGCGCAGUGGACUGCCCACACCCAUCACAGACCAGCGAUCGGCUUUGCGACAGGCCCUACAAGAUGGUGGAAGACGCGCCUCAGACAACGCAGUCCACGAUGAGGAGCAGGGAGCGACCGAGGAGACACAUCUGCUACCCAAUGGAGUCAGCCAACAAAUGAAACAAAGAGGGUCCAGCAUAUUCCAGGUCGAGCCUUCGCUCUCCUCGCCUUUUGGGGGCAGCUACGGGACGGGCUAUGGCAGCCUUUCGGCCCGCGUCAACGACUCGUCGAUGCGCCAUGCUGGGAGGCUGUUUGCUGACCAACAGCUAAAGGGCGUCGCCGAGCCAGAGCAGGAACGAGAGCCCCUCUUGGUCAAGCAAAUUGAGGAAGACGGCCACAUUGUCCAUGUCGUCGUUGGCCAGUCUACGCUGCCGCAGACCAUCUUCAACUCGGUCAACGUCUUGGUCGGCGUUGGCCUACUCACCCUUCCAUUAGCUCUCAAAUAUUCGGGUUGGCUGAUUGGCAUGAUUUUCCUGGCAUGGUCUGCCGUUGUCACUUCGUAUACAGCCAAGCUGCUUGCAAAGUGCUUGGACGUGGACAGCUCGCUCAUCACCUUUGCAGAUCUGGCCUAUGUCUCGUUUGGCAACAAGGCCAGAAUAGCCGUGAGCAUGCUCUUCUCGCUCGAACUGCUAGCUGCAUGUGUUGCGCUGGUAGUGCUGUUUGCAGAUAGCAUGGAUGCUCUGAUUCCUGGCUGGGAUCUCCUGACAUGGAAGAUUGUCUGUGGUCUUAUUCUAAUACCGCUGAGCUUUCUGCCCCUGCGUUUCCUAUCAUUCACGUCCAUCUUGGGCGUCAUGUCCUGCUUUGGGAUCUUGCUUGCUGUAUGCGUCGAUGGCCUAAUCAAGCCUGAUGCGCCAGGCUCCAUUCGCCAGCCUAUGAAGCAGUAUCUUUUCCCGGAGAACUGGAUGACGAUUCCCCUCUCGCUCGGUCUCCUCAUGUCUCCGUGGGGCGGCCACUCCGUCUUCCCCAACAUCUACCGCGACAUGCGUCACCCAUACAAGUACCGUAAAGCCGUCGACGUCACCUACGUCUUCACCUACUUGAUCGACACCGGCAUGGCUUGCGCAGGCAUUCUCAUGUUCGGUGAUGGUGUCCGUGAGGAGAUAACAAACAACAUCUUCCUCACCAAGGGCUACCCUCCGAGCAUCUCGGUAUUCAUCGCUGUUUGCAUUGCCAUCAUCCCCCUGACAAAGGUGCCUUUGAACUCCAGGCCUAUUGUGAGCACCCUCGAAGUCCUCUUUGGUCUCGAUACCCGCUCCCUUGCCGCUGCAUCCUCACUAAACGGCAUGUCUGGUCUCAACCGUGGUCUUUUCAAAAUCUUCCUACGCAUUGGCACCAUCGUCGUCUUUGUCAUCAUUGCCAUUGUUUUCCCGUCCUUUGACCGCAUCAUGACGCUUCUUGGCAGUGUCGCUUGUUUUUCUAUUUGCAUUAUUCUACCGUUGGCGUUCCACCUCAAACUCUUUGGCAAGGAAAUUUCGCCGGGAGAGAAGAUGAUGAACUGGGUUUUGAUUGUGGCUAGUAUCAUCAUGGCCGUCGUCAGCACCGUCUUUGCUUGUAUACCCAAGGAGCUUAUUGGCGCAUAA